GGCCCUGCCCACGCUUCAGAGAUCUCACUUUGGUUUAUCUCCUGACGUUCAAGUUCGCAGGAACGUCACGUCCGCACUUGAACUUGCAGCUCAGGGUUUGGGGAGGGCAUGAGGGGGAGGAGGAGGAGGUGGGGGUGGGGGUCUUCUCUCACUGCAUGCGCCCUCCAUCGUCAUCAUCAUCAUCAUCAUCACCACCAUCAUCAUCAUCGUCUUGUAGCGCUAAAAGUCAUGAGGAUCUCCUCCACGCAGCCUGCAGCGCGUUACUCCCCCUCGCCCGCGCGCGUGUGAUCCAUGCACCUCACUUUUGCCCGUGUUUUGAGCACCUCACUCCCGCGGCUCGUGAUUCUCACGGACGUCAGAUGCAUCCAUGAGAUUUUCACUUGGAGUUUACCUGGAUUUCCCAAUGUGAGCUCCGCUGAGAAGCCGCCACUCCAGCCAUCAUGUCUCGCCGCAAACAAGGCAAACCCCAGCACUUGAGCAAACGGGACUUUUCGCCUGAGCCACUAUCAGGCACUGUACCAGAAGAAGACUGUCAGGAGUCCCCCAGGCUGGGCGUUGCUCAGGACGAACCCCUAAAAGGGGACCAGGACUUGCUGACCUGCGGCCAGUGCCAGUCCCGCUUCCCCUUGGCUGACAUUCUGCUAUUCAUUGAACAUAAACGAAGGCAGUGCCAUGGGAGUCUCUGUACGGACAAACCCCUCGACAGGCCACCGUCCUCGCCUCUCUCCUCGCCACUCUCCACGUCAUCCUCGCACUCAAGGAACCACCACCCGCGUAGGGUAUGCCACCCCGUGGAGGUGGCCGUGCAAGUGUCGCCGCAGGACGAGGACUGUUUAUCUACACCCUUGCAAGGAAUAAUCCCCAAGCAGGAGAAUAUUACAGAUAAAGAUGAGCCUAGCAGUUACACCUGCACCACAUGCAAGCAGCCCUUCACCAGCGCCUGGUUCCUUCUCCAGCAUGCUCAGAACACCCACGGUUUCCGCAUCUAUCUGGAGAGUGAGCCAGGCAGUCCGCUCACCCCUCGUGUAGCUGCGGCUCCCGGGAUGGGGGGUGAGUGUGCCUCGUCCCAGCCUGCACUUCAUGCUGUGCACCUGGCUGAAGGCAGUCCUUACAGCCUGCUGCGAAUGCCGGGGUCUGGGUCCGGACGAGAUUCAGUAUCGACUCCUCGAGAGGGCCGUUAUCCCCGGACCCCACCCCUGUUCAGCCCACCCCCGCGUCAUCACCUCAGUCCCGAUGACCUGGCCCUGGCAACCCACCAUCCUAGCGCCUUUGACAGGGUGAUGAGGCUUAAUUCAAUACCACUUGAACCUCCCCCAAAUAUGGACUUCUCCAGAAGGCUCCGUGAACUGGCUGGAAAUGCCACAGGAGCCUCACCUCCUCUCUCCCCGAAUCGGCCCAACCCUAUGCAACGGAUUCUUCAACCAUUCCAGCCAGGUUCCAAGCCUCCAUUCUCGGCGACCCCACCUCUUUCCACCUCUCAGUCACCUUCUGGCUCGAGGACUACCCCCAAUGCCGCAUCCAGCGCAGCUCAGCCGGGCACGCCGUUGAAGGCAAAGUCUUGUGAGUUCUGUGGGAAAACUUUCAAGUUCCAGAGUAACCUUAUUGUGCACAGACGUAGCCACACAGGUGAAAAGCCAUUCAAGUGUCAUCUGUGUAACCACGCAUGCACCCAGGCAAGUAAGCUAAAACGACACAUGAAGACCCACUGUCAGAACAAGUCUUUGGUGCUUAAUACCAAGUCAGAAGAUGGUCUUUCGACGGCCAGCUCCCCUGAACCUGGUACCAGUGAGCUGAUGGGCAGUGCCACUGAUGCUCUCAAGUCAGUCGUGGCGAAGUUCAAGAGUGGGAACAAUGGUCUGAUGGCCGAAAAUGGAGAAGAAGUGGAGGAUGAGGAUGAUGAUGAUGAGGAGGAGGAGGAGGAACAGGAGGAAGAGGAAGAAGAGGAGGAAGAGGAAGAAGAGGAGGAAGAGGGUGAGGAGGAGGAGAUGGACGGUAAGCCUGUGGUUAGAGAUCUCGAAGAGGAGAGGAACGACUAUCGCUUUAGCCUGAGGUUAGAAGGGGCUCGCCACCACCAGAACAGCGUGGCCCUGCAUCCUCGGCGUCGGAGCUCCUCACAGGAGCCCGCUGAUGAGGAUUCAGCAUUGGAGUCAGACCGAGCAGAUGAUGUGACCACGACGGCAAUUAAUGGUCUGGGACCUUUAUCCACAGAUGGUCUAUCCAGAAAGUUGUUGGGUGGAGGCAUUAGCCCAGGCUCCCUGAGUCCUCUGUCGAAACGUAUCAAGGUGGAAAAGGAUCUAGAUCCCCCUACGCCCACUAUCGCAAACUCAGAAAACGUCUAUUCCCAGUGGCUAGCAGGCUAUGCUGCCUCGCGACAACUCAAGGACCCCUUCAUCAACUUUACUGGUGGAGAUUCCAGACAAUCGCCCUUUGCCUCUUCAUCCGAGCACUCGUCCGAGAACGGUAGCUUGCGCUUCUCGACUCCGCCCGGCGAGCUCGACGGCGAACGGGCCGCUUCGGGACGCAGUGGCACGGGCAGCGGGGCCAGCACACCCCACGGUGGCAGCGGAAACGGGAGGCCGAGCUCCAAGGACGGCCGCCGCAGUGACACGUGUGAGUUUUGCGGGAAGGUUUUCAAGAACUGCAGCAACUUGACAGUGCACCGACGCAGUCACACCGGAGAGCGACCCUACAAGUGUGAGCUGUGCAGCUAUGCCUGCGCCCAGAGCUCCAAGCUCACGCGCCACAUGAAAACCCACGGACAAAUGGGAAAAGACGUUUACAAAUGUGAAAUAUGCCACAUGCCUUUCAGUGUCUACAGUACUCUCGAGAAACACAUGAAGAAGUGGCACAGUGACCGUCCUUUAGCGAACAACAUUAAGACUGAGUAGGCAAAGAACAGCAUGUUGUCCGCUUUCUCUUUCAGCUCCUUUGGCUAAAAUGCAACCCUGGCUAUGUAGCCAAUACAUGAAUGGAAUGGACUACAGGGUCAGACAACAGUACACAGUACAGCCCUGUUAUCGUUCCCGAACACUGGGGCAAUUCUCUCGUAUGAAACAAAACAAAAAAAAAAAAUGAGCCUUUCUAUUGUGCAAUAAUUUACACCUUUUAUAUCUUUUUUUGUAACUGGACAGCAUGCUUGGUGUGUUCAUGGCUACUCUAAAACUAUCAGUGACUGGUGGGUUUGGUUGUACUCGUGUUGCUGUUGAUCCUUUUUGAUUUAGCCAUCAUAUUUGAACUCUCGCUGCAGAAAGUACGUGCUCUUUUUACAUAUCAUGUACAGUUUCGUUCCCAAGCAGAUUGGAACAGUGUCAUAUUAUUCAAACGUCAAGAAAAAGCAGGGUUACAUUUAAAACUGAUCUUUUUGAAUGAUUUUCCAUGCAAGAUAGACAUAAAAUACCUAUAUGUACAUAAAUAUAUAUACAAGGUUUGGGCUGCCUAUGAAAUGCUAGGCACAAGCACCGUGACUUAUUUCUUUUACAAACAAUGAAAUUAAUACUAUGGUGUAAAAUGACAACAAAGAGUGCCUUGGAUAUUUUACCUGCAUUAGUUAAUCCUCCUUUUGCUAUAAGCUCGGCGUUUCAGAUGUAGAUGAUUACAGGACAUUUUGUGCACAUACGGAAUAAACAGGUCCUUGCAUCAAGCACCUAUACAACCUUGUCGUGUUGUGGCUGAGCAGAGCAUUAAGAAACCAGCUGGGAAAAAAAAAAAUCCUGUUUAUUUCUGGUCAAUCAUUUAUCUGCCUGACUGUAUAUUUUCAUUCUUCAGAUUGUAAUUCUGUUUACUGGCAUGUAACAUGCUCAAAAGGUUUGUGGAGGUUGUGUAUCAUACUGAGAGGGUACUCUGAUGAGUUGUUUCAACCAACGUGAAGCUCUUAAUUUUCCAGAGUGUGAAAAUGUAAUUUGUGUGUGUGUGUGUGUGUGUGUGUGUGUGUGUGUGCGUGCGUGCGUGCGUGCGUGCGUGCGUGCGUGCGUGCGUGCGUGCGUGUGUGUGUGUGUUUAACACAGUUUUUUAGUCUCACCCGGGCAGUCUGUGUAGCCAACAUCAACUUGAAGACCACGAGUCGGUUUUUAGGUUUUUUUUUUUGUUUUGUUUUGUUUUUUUGUCAUCAGGCAGAUUUGGAUUUUGAUGAUGGUGGUGAUAGUUGAUGUGGGUCGGGUUUAUCGCAAGGGAAUGGGAAUUACCGGUUGUCUCUGCAAUUCAAACGUUCUAUGCCCUCUUUACUGUCUUGACUGCAUUAGAUUUGAACAUUUUUAGAAACUCAUAUUGGCAACAAAUGUCCAGAUUUAAAAUCUUUACCCUCCUCCACACACACACACACACACACACACACACACACACACACACACACACACACACACAGUAUUUGUCUUCUUUUUCAAACACUUGUUUUAACAAAUUUUUAUUGGCGUAUUUCCUCUCACCACCUUGCCAUUUUUUUCAUGAUUAUAGCACUUGUCACUCUGCCUACAGUCUGUAUCUGUCUCUCUAAUCGGAGGUACAGUCGGUUGAGUAUAAAAUGAGGACCAGAUUGCAUAUCUGGGACGAUUUGCGUGCACUGUUCUGUUCCCCCAGUUUACAAGUGGAUGCUCAAGGGAAAAUUUUGGCUCUUGUGCUGACCUUUGCAGUAACUGUGGUGUCCUUUAAAAAAAAAAAAUUAAAAAACUAGAAAUAACUAAACCAAACCUGAAAAGAAGAAGAAAAAAACAAGAAGAAAAAAUCAAAUUAAAAUCUUUGCUAGAUAUGUUUUGAGAGGGAAACCUCAGUUUGGUUAAAUUGGGUGCAGUGCAGAAAAUGCCAUUGAAAUCCCCUGCAUGAUACUAACCCUAAAAAUACACCCUUCAAUACAGAAAAACGUAAACUUUUUUUUUUUUGGUUUUGUUUUGUUUUUAACUAACUAAAUUGUGUUGCUGAUUUUUUAAAAUACAUGUCAGUACAUGUCAUUGUCUUUUGGGGGGGAGUUUUAUUUAAAUUGUAUUUUUGAUUUGUGACGUUGAUUCUCUUUCUUGUCUUGUUGACAUUCACGACUUGAUCACUAUGUAUUGAAUUGUAAUGAACAUGUAUCUUUUUUGCCUUUACUGUACACAAGUCUUCAGGUUGAACAAAAUACUUUGCAUCGGGGGGAAGCUAUUUGAAAAAUAAAUAUAUAGAGAGAACUUAAAACUCAUAGGAAGAUGCACACUCAUGUAAGUUCCUAAGUUCAAAAUACAUUAAUGGUCGACUUUUUUUGUAUUUAGAAUUGCAUUUGAAAUUAAUGUUCACUUAGUGUAGGCACUUAUAGUAUUUAUGUUGGAGCCUGUAUUUUUAAUGGUUUUGCCUGUACUCUUUAAAGGUUUCAAUGUACCCUUUUUUUCUGUAGUGAAAAAAAAAAUCCCAACAAGCUGCCUCCGUAUAUUUUCUUAAUUUGGCAGGAUAAUAUAGUGUGAAUAAUUUGUAUGCUUGAAAAUAAGAUCAUUUUUCCAAACUAAAAUGUGGUGGUGUUCUUCAAGGGUGAGAGGUCAUAUGAUGACUUUUUCAGGCAGUCCUGGACUUACCACAAUGAGGUAAAAACAGGUGGUUGUACAUAUUCUUUUUAGUUUUUCUUUCGAUGUUUGUUUCCUGCCAUUUUAUAUGCAGUAAUACAAGCGAUUGUUGGGUUUUUAUUGUUAGCCAACUUUUUACUGUCCUGAAGCAUGUACCACCUGAUAACAUUCCAGCUGUUGAUGAAAAAUAAUGUUUUUUUUCAUAUGCAAUCAAUCCAUCCGAAAUCUGAAUUUUUCUUUUGCUGAAUUUUUAUUUUUGUUAUUUUGAAUUUAUUUCCUGUUGUAAUUUGACUUUGCCAAAACAACCACAGUGAUUGAUUUACAUAGGGUACAUGUCAUACCAUAUGGAAGUUAUAGUGUCAAUAUGAGAGAAUGACAGAAAGAGGUUUGCAACCUGUUUUUAUAGCAGAUGGUACUGAUGCACAUUCAUGUUGAAGUCUGACAACAGUCUGUGCACUCGUAUCUGCUAUCAAGUGAACUUGAAGUUGACAUUGGUUGACAUUAUUUAUUAUGACUGCACACCCGCAUUCAGUAUAUGCUCUGUUCAGAACAGCGAAAUGUGUCCGUUUAUUGACCACUGCCCACUCCCGCUUCCUUUGUGAUGAAUUCUGUUGGCUUGGUUUCUCUCUUUGAUGACCAAGGGUCACAGAUCAACAUUUAAGAGUUCCUGGUCAGCAUACAAAUGUUGUCAUUAUUUUUCAUUUAUGGAAAUGCCACUGUCUUCAGCUGUUGCCUGCAUUUUUCCUCGUCACUCAGCCAUUUUGUCUUGGGAAAAAAAUAAAACGUAUGACAUACAUA